AUGGCUGCCCAAGCUGCUCAGCCCACUUCAAAGUCGGCCAAGAAGAAGGCCGCCAAGGCCCUGGAGCGAACCGAAUCUCCCGCCCCCAGCAUUGCUUCUGCCGGUGUCGAUAAGAAUGGCGAUGACGAAAGCCCAUACAUCAAGGAGAUUCAGAAGAACAUCCGAAAUGUCAACAAGAAGAUCACCAACGCCUCUAAGACCGAUUCCCUCCUGAGCCAAAACCCUGGAAAGUCGCUUGAUGAACUUAUCGAUGCCAAGAUCAUCAACGCAGACCAGAAAACUCAGAUUCUCAAGAAGCCUGCUCUGCAAGCCCAGCUAGCGCAAUACGAGGAGCAGCUUACUCAGUACCAGAAGGUCGACGAGCAGUACCGAACACGUGCUGCCAGUGACAAGGCGGAAUGGGAGAAGAACCUGGAGAAGGCCAAGGCUGAUGCUGUUGCUGAGGCCAAAGCUGAGUCUACCAAGGCUCUCCAUGAUAACCUACUGGUUCUGUCCCAAUUCUUGCGACUCGCCGCUUACCGUCGUGAGGAAGCUCAAGACCCCGAGUCCGACGAGAGCCAAGCUAUUGAGGGUGUGCUUCUUGCAAUCUACUCUGGAGAUGAGAGCGCUGUUCAGUCUAUGCUGAAGCUUGUUGAUGGCUCCGAGGACCAGAUCUUCAGCGUGCCUGGUGAGCAGCUGCAAACCUCCUUUGCCAAGGUCAGAUCCCUUGCCCGGGACUACAAAACCCCUUACGACGAUGCACAGCCCGCCGAGGUUGACACCGAGCACAACCAGAACGCCGUUACCGACCCGACUAUUGCGCAUGCCGUCGCCACUGAGAUUGAGGCUGGAGACACUGCCGCUCCUGCGGUCCCUGAGCCCUCUUCCAACGGUUUGGCCAACGCCAGUGUGGCCGAUGACGCCGCUAACGCCGUCGCUGAAAGCCACUGGGACACCACCAACAACGAGAUGUCUACUUCCCAAGAGUGGGUUGAUGUGAAGCCUGCUGAGGCUGUUGAGGCCGAUGCUGCCGCUCCCGCUCCUACCCGUGUCACCAACACUCACUCUUGGGCUGAUGAUCACCCAGAGACCACCGCCCCUGCUGACCCCAACGAUGGAUUCCAGUCUGUCCAGCGAAACCGACCCCGCAACGAGGGAGGUAACCCCCGAGGUCGUGGACGUGGCGAGCACCGUGGUCGAGGUGGCUUCCGUGGUGACGGUCGUGGUCGUGGCCGCGGUCACCGAGGUGGCAGUGGUGCCCCUCGAGGUGGACGACGCAACGAGGAGCCGUAA